GUCGGGGGCGUGUUUUUGGUGGUAGGAACUAUUUUUUUAAUCGCUGCUUGCAAUCUGAACUGCAGGCGAUUCAGUUGGUUAUUUGUGUACAAAAAUUAAGUGGUGUCGAAAGGAAGGGAAUUAAGACAAUUUUCACCAGAAAACCAUUUGCAACCAAUAUUUCCAUUCUGUUUGCUAUGGAGAAACAGUUGCAUUUAAGUCGCCUACCUUCUCGACCACCAAUGCCUACUGGAGUGCAGUCUGGAUCGAAAAUGAGAAUGGGACCUGGAAGAAAAAGAGAUUUUUCUCCAGUUCCUUGGAGUCAGUACUUUGAAAGUAUGGAAGAUGUUGAAGUUGAAAAUGAAAGCAGCAAGGACUCUUUUAGAAUCUAUAGAAUUGGCUCAGAAGGGCCUGUACUUCUUUUAUUACAUGGUGGAGGUCAUUCAGCACUGUCGUGGGCAGUGUUCAGUGCUGUUAUAUUUAAUCGUAUCAACUGCAGAGUGGUGGCAAUUGACUUGAGAGGACAUGGUGAUACAAAAGUAAAAAAUUCAGAAGAUCUUUCUGCCGAAACAAUGUCAAAGGAUGUUGGAAAAGUAAUUGAAGCACUUUAUGGUGAAAAUCUUCCUCCAAUCAUGUUAAUUGGUCACAGCAUGGGUGGGGCAAUUGCAGUGCACGCAGCAGCAAGCAAUCUGGUGCCAUCACUACUUGGUCUAUGUGUGAUUGAUGUAGUUGAAGGUACAGCUAUGGAUGCAUUAAAUAGCAUGCAGAAUUUCUUGAGAAGUCGGCCAAAAACAUUUAGAUCUCUAGAAAAUGCUAUUGAGUGGAGUGUAAAAAGUGGACAGAUAAGAAAUCUGGAGUCUGCAAAGGUUUCAAUGGUUGGCCAAGUUAAAAAAUGUGAAGAUCAUCUUAGUUCUGUGGACUCUAAAGCAUUUGAAGGGAUCAUUGAGGAAGAGGAGGAAGAGGAAGAAGGAGAGUCCAAUAAUAAAAGGAAGAAAGAGGAUGAUUUAGAGCUAAAAGAGUGCUCUUAUACUUGGAGAAUUGAGUUGGCAAAAACAGAGAAAUAUUGGGAUGGCUGGUUCAGAGGAUUGUCCAACCUUUUCCUCAGCUGCUCUGUACCCAAAUUGCUGCUGUUGGCAGGUGUUGAUCGCCUGGAUAAAGAUCUUACAAUAGGACAGAUGCAAGGUAAAUUUCAAAUGCAAGUUUUACCCCAAUGUGGACAUGCGGUACAUGAGGACGCACCUGAGAAGGUGGCUGAAGCACUAGCAGCCUUUAUGGUUCGCCACAAAUUCACAGAAUCAAAAGGUGGAUUCCAGUGUUUGUUUCCAGCAUGUUAAUAGACCUUCAGAACAGAGUCACUGUAAAUAAUUCAUACAAGCGGCCUGGGUUUCCGAAGCCAGUUCGACAUUUACUAAUACAACUAAAUGUUCAACAGCAGUCAUGCUGUUACUCUCUGAGCAAAAACUGAACGGAAUACAAGUGCUGGUAUUAGUCAGCUUCUAAAUCAACUUUGCACUUAAACAGCAUAGAUAUCAUAUGGUUAUUGUUGUAAUAUUAAUUAUUACAAAUAUUUGCUUGUGUUGCUGUUACCUUUAUUAAGGAUAUGCCUUUUCAGGAGUGCAGGGAUUUUUUUUUAAUUUAUGAAAUGCCUUUGCUUGUUCUUUAUUUGACUCAUAAAGGAUUGUAAAUUCCAGUGUGUUUUCUCGUGGUUGAUUUUAUAAAUAAAUAUUUUUAAAAACCCCAGAAACAAACUUAAAUGAAA